AUGGCUUCAAAGACAACCAUUGAUCUCUACACCGCAGGCACCCCUAAUGGCCACAAAGUGCACAUUGCCUUUGAGGAGCUGGGAUUGAACUACAAUGUUCACAAGAUCGAUAUCUCUAAAAACACUCAAAAGGAAGAGUGGUUCUUGAAGAUCUGCCCCAAUGGCCGUAUUCCUGCCAUGGUUGACAAGACAUCGGGCAAGGAGAAGCGUGUCUUCGAGGGUGGUGCCAUGUUGCUCUAUCUGACCGACAAGUAUGACAAGGACAACAAGAUCAGCUUCGACCACGACAGUGAUGAAUACUGGGAGACCGUUGAAUGGAUUGUGUGGAUGCAGUCUGGUCUUGGACCCAUGCAGGGACAAGCAAACCACUUCUACAGAUACGCACCUGAGAAGAUUGAGUACGGCAUUAACCGCUACCAAACUGAGACCAAGCGUCUAUACCAAGUUUUGAACGAUCGCCUCGCUCAACAAGAGAAGGCAGGUCAAGGUCUCUGGCUCGUCGGCAACAAGUUCACCAUUGCAGACAUCGCUUGCUUCUCUUGGGUCAACUGGGGUGCUUGGGCAGGCAUUGAGACCAAGCCUUUCCCCGAGAUUGAGAGAUGGCUGGAUGCCAUCAACGCACGCCCUGCUGUGCAAAAGGGAGUCAACAUUCCUGACGAGUUCAAGUUGAAGGAGAUUAUGAGCUCCAAGGAAAAGGCUGAUGAGCAUGCCAAGAAGGCAAGUGCUUGGGUUAUGAAGGGCCAGGAAGCAGACCAGAAGAAGCAUGCCUGA